AUGUCAGCAACAUCGCAGCAGCGUCAACCUGACGCUGGCAGCAGUGCUGUCUCAGAUGCAGGAGCGACUCCACCGACUCCGACCAGGCAUGGUCGCGCAAGGCACGCCCGAACAAACGCAUCGCUCACUUCCAGCAUUGGCAGCACCAGUACAGAUGCGCCGCUAUUUGCUAGCGGGCUGCCUCGUCGAACUUCCGUUCCAAACGAAGCUUCUCGAAUCUUUCAGGCGACAGGCUUCGAUCCAUUCGGUACCGAGCCAGACACUCUCUUCCUCUCCCUCACGGUCAAGGAGGUGGAAGCAUACGAGCGUGCUGUCAGGAGUACCGCGCUUGGCAAGCAAGAAGAGCUGAGAAGUCUCGUUGGCCAGCGCUACGAGGAUCUGCUCGGCACGGCCAACACCAUCAUCGACAUGGCUGGCAGCUCGAGCGGCCUAUCGCACAGGCUACUCGAACUAUUAAGCCGAGUUCGCCUGGCAGCAGCCACAGGGGACAAGGUCGAACUUUGCAAAAGGGCAAACCGUCGCAAAAGCUUUCUGCCGAUCCAAGAUCUCACUGCCUCGACAGAGACCAGCGAUGCCUCGUCCUUGCAUCAGGAGGCACUUUAUGUGCUCGGUGCCUCUUUGCGCCUUAUCAUGGACGCUUCGGAAUACGUCUGGAAAUCGAUCGAAAAAGGUAAAACGCUGCAGGCUAGUUGGGCUUACAUGCUUACGCGUGCAACCUGGACCGAGUUGACCGAGUCGGUGUCCCAUCGAAACUCUCAGUCAGCUCUCGCAUUGGACGAGGAGAAAGGCAUCGACUCGGUGUCGGAAGCUGUCUCGCUGCUCAAGGUGAACGUCAAGAAGAUGUUCCCAUUCAUCGAGAAGCAGUGGUUGACCAUGCUGCCUAUGCGCAAACAAAUCAUUCACCGAGCUGUGUCGCUUCUCUCGGAUGCACAGAUCGAGUCGAUGGCAGUGGCAGACCAACUCACUGCCCUCGUGCUGCUCGACGGGACCAAACUAGACCAGGCCUACCACUUGCUACUCUCGCAGCGACUCACAGCCCUGCGUCGAAUGCUGUCACAGCAACCAUCAAAGUCCAUAUCGCAUCAUCGUGCCGCAAGCCGCACUUCGAUCGCACGACCGGAAGGCGAGGCAGCGGCAAGCACGUCCUAUGCUAAUUUGUACCAAGAGGAUAGGGCAGCACGCACAUCUCGGACGAUCGCCGAGCUCGUGACGCUCUUUGCUAGAACACUGCAGCAUGCUGCUCAAAUGUUUGUGCUUCCUUCCAAGACCGAUUCGGCCUCGUCCUCGAAACCGUUGGUGCUGGACUUGCUCAGUACCAUCACCGACCCUGUCAACUUGGACUCCACAACAGCUGCAGCUGGGUCGCCGACCUCAGAGCGCACCUUUUCGCCAACAUCCAGACAGAAUGCUGCCACUCUACGUGCACAAAGAAGACGAUCCAGCUAUGGCCUGCCAGUUGCCCAACACAUCAAUGAUGCCGACUCAGAAGCGAUACCCGACAAACGCUCACAAGCCGUUGGCAACCGACCGAUGCGAGUGUCGACGGUGCGCGUGAUCCAAGCUUUGCCGAGUGGACGCAUUCUGUCUCGCCUCCUCCCGCCGUCGCUCUUGAGGUUUGCACCUCACCUCAAUCUUGAAGGUCAAGAGCAGCAUUCCUUCACUCAAGCUUGGACCGAACUGUCCUCUUGGUCGGCAAAGGCACGUGAAACGAUUGUCGGAAACUCCCAAAACACGUCUUCGGCUACCUUGCGCCUUCUGCUGUCGGAACUUUCGGAGGUGAGUGAGUUGUCGCUUGUGCGAAGCUCGUUUCGCAUCGCUCUGCAUCGGGCACGCCGCAUCGUGGCACGCAAACUCGCUGCGUUGCCUGGAUCGACCAAUGAGCACCGCCAGGAGGCAGUGAGCAAGAUUCACGCCGAGCUCGAGCGACUAGAAGAUGCUAUCGAUGCGAUUCUGCAAGAGCGCCUGCUGCAACUGAUGAGUCAGAAGCUCGGUCACGCUGUCAAAGAUCUGCUCUUGGAGACAGAGAAAAUCGUUUCUUCUUUGAACGGAGCGCCUAAACUCCAAGCUGACCCGCUGAGCCGAGUCGAUGCACCUCUGGAUGCCCUCUUUCAUCCCGUCGAGAGUCAGACCGCUUCAGGGCCUGGUCAACUUCAUGCAAGCACUGCUGGGCCAAAACACAGCCGCGCUUUCGCAUUGGCGCUACAGGACCACGUCAGCGGUCGAUCAAAGCAGGUCGACCGUCUUGCAAGCUUGUACGAAAAACCACUAGCGACUCUGUUACAAGAAUUACAGCUCUACGAAAAAGAACUGGGGACCGACAAGAGAUCUGCCAUGGAAAGCGAGUCGAUCCGGACCAAAUUCGAGUCGAUUCUUAGCGCCUCACGGGCAGAGGUGGAGACAGGGCUUGUCAGACUUCUUGAACAGGCACAGGCGUCAUCAAAAGUCGAUGCAGAGCUCGCCGACCAUGAAACGGGAGCGUCCAAAUCAACCUGGCUGAUAAUGCGGAUUAUUGCCGUGCUUCCGAGUUCAACAUCGUCCGAAGAUCAGAUUCGGGAGCCAGUCAAUGCGGCGUUGGAACGAUUUUGGCGACCGCGGCUGGAGCUACGUAUCGCGACCUUGCCCAUGGUCAAUACUGCAACUGUCGGAAUGGCUUCAGAUGCGACCAACCCGUCUGUCUCGGACUCGAUGCUUUGCGCGCUGGCUAUGCUAUCCGAGUCGAUUGUUCAGCUCGGCCCAGCACUUGCUGGACCCGAGCUGGCAAGGCAGGUUCGCAAUGUGCUUGAGGACAUUGCAAAUAGAGAUUCAACGUCAGCCAGCGAUUCGAAAUUGGUUAGAGCGCUGUUGACUUGCGAUGCAGCGAGCUUGAGCCACCAGAUUGCUGGCGUCCCAAGUUUGCAUCGCAUCCGUCUGGCGCUAGCACCACUUGUGCUGGCGCUCGGCAUCACAGCCUCCGGAUUGCAAACUACAGGUUUAGCGCCAGCAGAGCCAGCAUCUGCGAUCGAGACCGUCAAGCCCAUCCUCACUGUGUCGCAGAACAAGGUUGAUCGCUUUUCGCCACUUCCAGUUCGAUGA